GCCGAUUCCAGCGUUCAGACAGAGGAAAUGCAGAACACCAUUGAAUUACCGCAGUGGUACAAAGACCUUUCACCAUUAUAUUCUGUUACCGCCGAUUGUGUACUUGAAUGGCCUGAUGUAAACAACGUCAAUGAGUUCCCCGUAGUCUGUCCUGUGCAUGGAACGUUAAGCCGAUGGUGUUUGAAACUUGGCACGAAGGACUGCACCUGUGGUCCGCCACACAUCAGGGAGUCUGGUAAUCCUGUUGAUGAGGCCGACAAGACGUCGCGCGCCAGAACCAGGCGGCACAACACCAUUCAGGAAGUGCUUCAAGAACUAUGGGGUGGUGAAGAAAUACCUUGCUUAAUAAAAGGAUUGAACAGCGGUACUCCGGCAGAUUCACUUACCAGUCGUCGUGCAGCCUUCACGGGGGAACAACUGAGCCUGACUCCACGAGGUCCUGUGAUAGUGAAUAGUCAUUCUCUCAGAGCAAGGACUGAUUGCAAUGCAAGAAAACCACAUAAAAAUAUCGACACACUGCCACUGGCCCAUGUCUACGAAUAUCUGAAUGAUCUAGGAAUGGACAACGAAUGGUGUGUCAUCUUUAUGAGCCAAAUUCGUCAUGUAAUGCCACCAGAUUUGAACAUUCGAUAUCCAUACAAAGAUGUGACCCUUUAUAUGAAAAUCGGUACUCGUGGGCUAUUGCUGAACGUGUUUCCUGAUACCAAGUGUUUCGUAACUCACAUCAACUAUGAUGAAUUUCAAUUGCGGCCAGAGUUGCACUACGGAGAUGAGGUGAUGGAAAUCCGUCAUGGAGUAUUAAGGCAAUAUUUUGAUGAUGAACUUUACCCACAACGCUCAGCUCUUCAGGGAGACGUCUUUCAACUUCGCCUGAGAUCAUGUCCAUUUUUGAAGUGGCUAAGGCUAGGUAUGGGUCCUUGUCCACUGGUCACUGAGAAGUCAAAUUUCCGGCCGAAUCCACACACACUUCGAAGCCAUAUCGACAUGGGAUUCACCAUCCAUAAUGGAUGUGUAACGGCCGUAGCCGUAAACUCUCCUGCAAGUGAGGCUGGGCUCCUUCCAGAUCACCAUAUAAUUGAAGUUGGUGGGGUAUUUGUUUUGCAUCAUACAGACCAGCAGAUCAUCCAGAUAAUCAGGCAAAAGAUUUCCGCCAACCCGAGACGGUUUGUCGAUGUGGUUGUCAUGCCUGAAAGACUGCACAAACAGCUCCAAAGCGUGAAUAACCAACACCGCAUUGUCAGCAAUCAGGGUUUCAAUCUUGAUCCGUGGGUGAAUGCCAAGCCGUUUGGUUUAAGCCCUGAAAAUCACUUUCCCGAAUAGAAAGAACAAGCCGAUGCAACACAGCUUAAGUGCCACAAAUGACCUGGAACACACUUCAUGCAGUCAUCUUAUUACUAUUGAACCACUGACGUCAAGCGGUCGACCGACUCGUCAGUUACUUUACUUUGUGUGAAGUCUUGUUUUUCAUGCAUGCAUUCAAACAUUUCCAAAUGACAAAGUCGUACAAAAAUGGAUGUGCUGUGACCAGUGACUUUUGCUUCCUUUUGACCAACAAGCGGAUUGGAAUAGACAGGUACUGGCUGCGGAUAACACUUCGAAAACCUAUUUAGAAAUUUUUGUUAAAUGCCACUAAAACCCUUAUCAGAUUAUGUGGUUAUCACGGAACGCCAAAGGGAAAGUGGCCAGACUGCGAAAGUGAGUCGCAAGCAAAGUUCCAAUGCUCAUUCUCACUUUAUCAAAGUUAUCAACUUGAGGAGAUAGACUAGCUCCAUAAAUUUCGCGCUCGGCUUUCAUUGUUUUCACAAAAAUACUGGACGGGUAUCGCACCUAGAGCAUUGCUGCUUCCUCGUUUGCGGACUCAAACUCCACACAAACCAUACAUUGCCAUGCAACGGAGAAAGAAAAGAAUCAUCAAGAAUCUAACCAGACUAGCGGGAUGCGGUUGAAACUCAG